CGCCAUCUCUUGACAACAUUCAGAUAGUCGCUUGAUGCUCACGCUUGCAACAUGGCGCUAGUUUGUUCAAUUUCCAAUGAGUUGCCAGAGGUUCCUGUCGUGUCGCCAGCAUCAGGGCGAGUCUUUGAGAAGCGGCUCAUAGAGAAGUUCAUCUCGGAGAAUGGCAGUGAUCCUGUCAAUGGAGAACCUCUCUCUGAAGAUCAGCUGAUCGAGAUCAAAGUGAAUCCCUUGGUGAAGCCACGGCCACCGACGGCAACCAGCAUCCCAGCGAUCCUGAAGCUCCUCCAGGACGAGUGGGACGCCUGCAUGCUGCACAGCUUCACGCUCCGUCAGCAGCUUCAGACGGCUCGUCAGGAGCUCUCUCACGCCCUCUAUCAGCAUGACGCAGCGUGCCGUGUCAUCGCUAGGCUCACCAAAGAGGUCACUGCCGCUCGUGAAGCCUUGGCUACACUGAAGCCCCAAGCAGCACCAGGCAUCGCGCCCGGUGCAGCUAUGCCUGCUGCUGUGGCUGUCCAACCCAGCUCCGUACCAGAGCCAAUGGAGGCUGCUGAAGCCGGUCCUAUGGGCAUGACUGAGGAUAUCAUACAGAAGUUGCAAGAGCGUGCCAACGUGCUCACUGCCGAGCGUAAGAAGCGUGGUAAGAAGGUUCCAGAUGAACUGGCUCCAUCUGAAGAUAUCAGGAACUACAGACCAAGAGCUUCUCAUCCAGGUCUGCACAGUGCCAGUAUUCCUGGUAUUUUGGCGCUUGAUUUACAGGCAUCUGAUACAUCCAAGGUUCUCACAGGAGGAGCUGACAGAAAUGCUGUGGUGUUCAACAAGGAUACGGAGCAAGUGACGGCCAUCUUGAAAGGUCACACAAAGAAGGUCAACAAUGUCAUCUACCAUCCUACAGAGGAUGUGGUGUUCACUUCUUCGCCGGACGCAACCAUCCGUAUCUGGCUCACCCAGAAUGGCUCAUGCUCCCAGGUGGUACGUGCUCACGAUGCCGCUGUAACCGGUCUCAGCCUCCACGCCACCGGAGACUUCCUCCUCAGCUGCUCCGAGGAUCGUCACUGGGCCUUCUCUGACAUAACGACGGGACGCGUCCUCACCAAAGUCUCUGAUGAUUCUGUCGGCCAUGCUCUGACCUGUGCCCAGUUCCAUCCUGACGGUCUCAUCUUUGGUACUGGAACCGCCGACAGCGUCAUCAAGAUCUGGGAUCUCAAGGAGUGCACCAACGUUGCCAAUUUCCCCGGCCAUUCCGGUCCCGUCACCGCUCUGGCCUUCUCCGAGAACGGUUACUACCUGGCCACGGCAGCCGACGAUGCAAUCGUGAAACUCUGGGAUUUGCGUAAGCUGAAGAACUUCAAGAACAUCACCCUGGACGACAACUACGAGAUCAAAUCAUUGACCUUCGACCAGAGCGGUUCGUACCUAGCCGUAGCAGGCACUGAUCUACGAGUGUUCCUCUGCAAACAGUGGCAGGAGCUGGCUGUCUUUACAGAUCACACCAGCAUGACGACUGGAGUACGUUUUGGACAGCACUCAUCAUUCUUGGCAUCCUCCAGCAUGGAUAGAAGUCUCAAGUUCUACAACCUAUAAGCUAGAUUCACACACACCACAUUAAACACUCCGACGGGAUGUACUGGUAUCUGUUACUACACAGUAAAACACAAUUUUCUUGCAGGAUUAUUUUGUUGUAAGAACAGUCCCCACUUUUGAAAUCUAGUGUUCUAUAUGAAGUUUAAUGUGAAGCAUCCAUCAAUCCACCAAGCUAAUACGUUUUUUCUGGUACUCAAUACAGAUGCAUAUUUUGCUUGGAAUAUGUUACUCAUUGUAAUUGAAUAGAAGAGGAUUUUGAAAAAGAGAUUCGUUGUAACAUAUCCUAUUUUUAUUACAACUAAACUCUUGUUUCAAUGUAAGAAAUCAGACAAGCGUUAAAAAAAAGGAAGCAAAGUUUUUUUGUAAUUGAAUGUAUUAGGGGGCUCUUAUUUCUUUCAUGCUAUUAUCAGUUCAGUAAAUAUUUCUUGAGGCUACUUGGUAGAAACUGCUGCUUUUUUCAAUUAAAAGUUGGAAAAGUUUCCAAAUUUGUGCCGUGUAUCAUUUAUGAAAGCUGGCCAACAUAUAGCCAACGUUAUAUAAUGUGAUAUGCGCUAUACAAGAACUGAAUGUUAUUAUUAUCAUAGCUGGUCUCAUUCAAGUCAAGUUAUUACACAUUGUUUUUUAAAAUCAAAUGGCUUAGCUACAUUUUAUUACAAAAACAGAGACUUUUUUGUGUUUUGUACAAAUUGUACCUCAUGUUCAAUUUGUUUCUUUGGGAGAUCACCUGCAUCCUUUAAAAAAUUCUUUGAAUCUCCCUAGUGUGUAGAAAACACUGUUCACACGUGUAACACAUGUGAACAGUGCAUAAAGAUGAGUAUAUUCCCUGCUUCAUACUACAGUCUGCAUAUAUUACAUAGGCUAUUUCUAGGUAAAGCAAAUAUGGGGAUAUAUGCUGUCAUCAGCAACAACAUCUUCUGCACAGGUAUGUUUGUGAACGGAUCAAAUACAAUCUGCAUACCAUCAGCAAACAUUUUAUAUGCUCGCUAGAAACUGUACGUUGCCAAUUUGCUUGUGAUUGAAUGAGGUCACCUGAGUAUCUUUCUUCGUUAUAGGCAACUAUGAAAUAAAAUUGUGUAUCUGUAAAUAUGAAUUCAAUCAGCUUUGGGUUUUUGUUUUUUUCAAGCCUUUUUCUAAUCAAUGUAGUUGAUUGCCAAUAAUGUUGUACUACCUUGUAUAAUUAGCUUAGACAUUUUUCUUUACUCGAUAAUUGUAAAAUUAUUUUUAUAUGAUUGUAGUACUUGUGUAUUCUCAUUCCAGCGCUAAAGUCAUCUAAGAUAAUUGAUUGAAUUGCUCGGAGGAGAGAGCUGUAUGUUUGUAUAAUUAGUGAUGAACAAACUGUUCUUGUAUUUCAUCAUCAAAAUUUGAAAUUUAAAUUACAUGGAUACACCAUGAAAAAUGAGUGUUAACCAUGUUGUGUACCAUUUUUUAUGAAGUUGUUUAAACUUUCAAGAUUAUUGAAGAUUAUAGCGUUUGUAUAGAUCAGAACGAUUCACUCUUUUCUGCUGUGGGAUUAAAAGGGCUGUGCCUAUCUUCGUGAUGACAAAAUGACAACCAAAAUGUCAUGUCAAGAUUCAUAUAUUGCUUUAUCUUCUGUGGAUAUGCUGGACGUUCAUUCUUUUAUUUGAAUUAGUUCAGUCAGAUAUUGAACACAUUUCAAAUGUUGAUUGAAGCCGAUGCGUGUAUCUAUUUUUCUUUUUGUGUUAAGAUUUUUGUUUCUGUUCUGUUUGUAGAAUGAAAAAAGUCUUGUGUUUAAGAAAUAAUCAUCACACAAGUCCACUGCUCAUACAGCUCCACGACACGUGCUGCAGAACAGAUUUUGUGUAAUCCAUGUUUCUGUUUUGGGGUAAUCAGUUACAAGAAAGGCAGAGAAUCUGUACAUGCAUGUGCCAGUGAUUUAUGCUCUACUACAAAAUACAUAUAAUGAUGCAGAGCACAUUUUACAUAAUUUCACUUUAAAUUAUCAUAGUUUGUGUAAAGACUUUGUACCAGAGUUGUUGGUUUCUGUUAAUUAAAAGUCUCAGACAACAUACAUAAAGGGGGGGGGGGGCUGAAAAUAUAAAUUUUGAUAGAUUGUUGUGAAGGUGUACCGCUGACCUGAAGAAAAUGCUGUGUAAAUAAAUUUUUGGAUCCUAGUAUUAAUAAAGUGCAUUUUCAUUGACUUGCAUCAUUCAAACUCCA